UACGAGAGCAAUCAAAAGCGCCAUGCCCACCUCACUAUAUGAACUUUGCAAUGAGACUGUUCGUUUUGUCCAGUUAAUCAGACUUGUUACACUCUAGAGGUAUCUUGUUCUUCGCGUCUUAGCUCGCACGAUUCUUAAGAAGCAUUACAAGCCCCUAAGGUGCUCGACCAUUUGCCCAGUGCUAGCGGUCAACGACGACUCUUGUUCCUUCCACGAAACAGUCCUGGUGUGAUGCCUAUGCUUCUCCCUGCCGCCAAUCUUCCCGGUCCAGAGUUCGUCACCGCCUUUGCUGAAGCUGAUAUCGCAGAAUGCAUCAAACUGCUACUAUGAACAUUGUGAAAUCUUCUGCCCCGUUUAGAAGAGAUCCAUUAUCCACGUACCCGCGCUACUAACCAACGCCGCGAUUUGGCGAGAACCGAAAUCAUUGUCGGCAGUCGACAUGCACGGCCCCCGUGGUACAGUGCCCUCCCCCUCCCCACCACCCAAGCUGUCCAUAAGUGAAGUGCGCUUCAUGAGAUAUUGCCUGCUAUUCCAAAAACACGCCUUUUGGACACUGGGUCGAGCUUUAUCCAUAGAAUUUGCAGUAACUGGUGGAAUGACGAGACGAGUAGCGGUCAUCACAGGCGGUUCAAGUGGCAUAGGAUAUGCGGCCGUGCAGGCGCUGAUUGCUAGAGGCGGAUGGCGAGUACACAUAUUUGACGUCGUUGUACUGGAAGACGAUGUACAUCCUGACAUCGUCCCACAUCGAGUCAGCGUCGUUAACUACACUGAGCUAGCUGCGGCUUUCAAGUUGGUAUUUGAGCAGAGCGAUAACAGAUUAGACUUUGUCUUUGCUAAUGCCGGGAUUCUUGAGCGCGAGAACUGGUACGCAACGGCAGCGGAACUUGAUGAACCGCCUCCGGAGCCCAACUGGACGGCACUGGAUGUCAAUCUCAAGGGCUGUAUGAACACGAUCCGCAUCGCCCGUCAUUACAUGGCGCGAUCACCCGAAAAAGGGUCGAUUGUUGUCACGAGUAGCAGCGCAGCCAUCUGGCCAUCCGAGUUCACUCCAGUCUACACCGCCUCCAAACAUGGCGUGGUUGGCUUCAUGCGCAGCAUUGCUGAUUGGUAUUACCAGUGCGACGGCAUCCGCGUCAAUGCACUAUGCCCAGGCGUCGUGAGAACGAGAAUAUUGCCCGAAGCAAGCUGGAAUGGGUUCCCGGCAGAGUCAUUCACGCCCAUGGAACUUGUGAUAGGGAUUGUCUUGAAGUUCGUUGACGGGGAAACAAUUGUCGAUUCGAACGGGAAGUCAACUGACAAGGAUCACGGUGUUACGGUUGUACCGAGCGGCCAAAACUUCUACCUGAACGAGGUACCCGAGUACUGCAAUGAUAUUCACAAAAGCAUGGUAGAAGCAGGGAAAGUUAAGGAGCAAGUUAGUUUAAUCUGAAUUACAUUGGUCGCGAUUUGACUAGUUGGGCCGCACUUGGUAGUAUCGUCAGUGAUGAGAUAUUCCAAAAGCUGCAGCACCGACUUCUUAGCAUCCCAGUGGCAUACACCCCCGUAGAUAUAAUUCCAGUAGUUAGCGCC